UUGGGCGCCACGUCGAUUGGGCCAAUACGCGUCCGUGUAUGCUAACAUCGGUCCGCCUCAGACUCAUACCACAUCCGUCUCCUCCUCUGCCUCCGCCCUUCGCCUUCAUCACCUCCUUUCGCUCUCUCCUCCUCUCUCCUCUGGUGAGUCUCGCAGAUCGCAACCAGUUCGACUCCUUCCGCCUUCGAUCUACCUCAGGUCCUGACUGAACAAAAUGUCUGCUUUACCAUUAGCAACUGCUGAAGCAUGUGAUGCAAACCCCCAUCUGAUCCUCAACGGUGAGCUCCGGGCCCUCCAGCCGAUCUUCCAAAUCUAUGGGAGGCGGCAGGUCUUCUCCGGCCCCAUUGUCACCCUCAAGGUCUUCGAGGACAACGUCCUCAUUCGUGAGUUCCUCGAGGAGAGAGGAAAUGGCCGUGUCCUUGUUGUCGAUGGAGGAGGAAGCAUGCGUUGCGCCAUUUUGGGAGGCAACCCGGUUCAACAGGCUCAGAACAAUGGCUGGGCUGGCAUUGUCGUCAACGGCUGCAUCAGGGACGUGGACGAGAUCAAUGGCUGCGACAUCGGUGUGAGGGCUUUGGGUUCCCACCCCAUGAAGGCCAACAAGAAAGGCUUUGGGGAGAAGCAUGCAGCGGUUAACAUCGCCGGGACGAGGAUUUCUGAUGGCGAGUGGCUCUACGCUGACAGUGAUGGCAUUUUGGUUUCCAGGACUGAGAUCUCUGUUUGAAAUCCUUCUGAUAGAACAUGAAUCAUGGCCAUGGCCAUGGCCAUGCUGCAUUAAGUGAACCACAUUUGAUCAAUUUGAGAUGUAACUUCUUGAUCCUCUUUUGAGUAUCAAACUCGACUAAGAUUAAGGACGUUGGAGACUCGAUUAGCGACUCUUGAUGUAUGUAAUGAAUGUGAUUUGGGGUUUUAAGUUAAGAAACUAGUAAAUUUUGUAUUACAACUCAAUCAAAAUGGUGCUUUUUAUUUCUAAA